UGAAGGGCGGAACUGUGGCAGAAGAGGCGGCGCAACGGAGCAGAAGGGGCGGCGCGACGGAGCAAGAGAAGAUGGCCGAGAAGAUGUUUAGGCGCGGCGCGGCAGGUGGAGAAGAGUUUUGGUGAUGAGCUUGUGGCCACGCUGGACCAGCUGCUGCAGCCCCCCUGCGCCGUCGCCGUGGGACGCCUGCAUUCUUCUGCUCCGGUGCCGGCACAUGUCCCUAUGCGGUGUCGUGCUCAGGAAUUUGGUGAAGAAGGCGGCUGCCGUGCUUGCGCGCGAGAAGGGCGCCGGACCUCGUUGGCGCUGUGAAGUGGGCACAACUCAGGUUGGGUACGCCGUUGGCCAGCACCGACGGUGGGCACGCUCCGCUGUGACCUUCCUGCCACAGUCAUUCCUCUCCCGCCUCCCCCGACUCCGUGUCCUUGUCCAACGCAAAUCAAUGGAGCUGCCGACCCGGAUUGUUGUUGGUUGCUAUAAGAAGGGAGGGUCCUCGGCUCGAAUCUCUAUCACGUCAAUUUUGGACGAAGCAUCCAAUGUUGACACCAAGUUCGCCGCAGGAAGAAGCGCCGAGUUUGCCGGAGGUAGAAGAAGCGCUGAGUUCGCCGAAGGUAGAAGAACAACCGUCGAGCUGUCCAAUGUCGCAUGCGUCGGCUACAGUAGAGGACCUUAAGAUGAGCGAUGAACAUACGUCGAGCCGUCCAAUAUUUCCUGUGGCAGAAACACCAAAGGUAUGUAUCCCCUUGAAAGAUAAUCAGUUCAUAGAGCCUCUGUUUGAGUUUAUUGUUUCUGAAUUGUUGUCCCUGUUUCAUGUUCACUAGAGAAACAAAAAGGUUACAAAUUCAUCUAAUUUCAAUGAUCAUGAAGAGGGAACAAGUGAU